AUGAUCCUGAUCUUCAAAAUCCAGGAUGUUUACAAGCGCAUACAAACUGAACGCAAGCUCAUCCAAGCUUCAGAGAACUUGAGGAGAGCUACUGGGAACCAGGACGUACUCAGACGCACCGAUGCAGCGAUACGAGAGUCUCAGCGACAGUUAACUUAUUUUGAGCAAACCCUACGAGAGCUGCAGGCCCGCAAGAACGAAACCCUCCGUGCAUCAACCCCAAGUGGACUCCGCCCUGGUGAUAGUCCCGGCGCCCUACAUCCCGGAACACCUUCGGGGGUCCCCAAUAGCCCCCGACCAUCUGAUCGGGAACGUGCACUUCCACCUCCACCACCAACUUUUGGCGACGACUAUGGGCCCACUAAUUAUCCCCCUAACACGUCUCUUGCCAAUUCGCCUCGUCCCAAGCAAUAUAAUAAUUUGGAUCUGAUCAAGGCUGACACACCAUAUACCACCGCCAAAAUCACCAAAAUGCUCCAGCAGCUCGAAUUCAAGCUUCAAGUAGAGCUGCAGUAUAAAAAGGCGAUCAUACAAAUGGCUAAACUGUACCAAGCUGACGGUGAUAAGAAAAGUCGCGCCGACGCUGACAUUAAAAGGAUAGAGAGCGAGAAGAAGAUCCAACUUCUUCAGACCGCUCUUAAACGCUAUCGUAAUCUGCAUAUACUUGAUGAUCCGCAAGCAGAGGAAGAAAUGUCUCCGGCCGACGGCGAUCGGAAGGACAACCUUCGGAAGCCACUGUCUGGAAAAUUCUACGUCACCGUGAACUCAGCCCGUGAACUCGACCAUUCACCUCUAUUGAAACGAUCCUCCAAGGUAUACAAUGAGACUACCGUCGUCAUCAAAGUCGAAGGGACCUCGCGAGCAACUUCCCGCCCUUCUCGGACAGACCGGUGGAAUGAGGAUUUCGAAAUCACUGUUGACAAGGCGAGCGAAGUGGAGAUCGCCAUUUACGACAAGCAGCCUGGAGAUCAGCCUACACCGAUCGGUCUAUUCUGGCUCAGGCUAAACGACAUCGUUGAUGCUUUACGGCGUCAGAGGGUCGGAAAUGAAUCGCAAGGUGCAUGGGUUACUGCCGCUGGUGCAAUGCAAGGCUCCGGUGGUCCUGCACCACCUGAAAACCCAGGGGCUAGUGGCGACAUGAACUCUCCACUCAAUUUAGUUUCAGUCCCCGCCGGCGGAGGUCCAUCCAGCACAGGUGGAGCACAGGAAGGUGUAGCCGCCUGGUUCGCGGUGGAGCCUGCAGGUGCUUUAAACCUUUAUGUUAACUUCGUCAAAGAGAAUGUGAAGCGCCGACCUGAUGCUGGUGGUCUUGGACGUCAAGGCGCCGUCCGUGUCCGGAAAGGCCAAGUGCACGAGAUGAAUGGCCAUAAAUUCGUGCAGCGAUCAUUCUAUCAAUUGAUGCGUUGCGCGUUAUGCGGCGAUUUCUUGCUGAAGGCUUCUGGCUACCAAUGCGAGGAUUGCCGGUAUACAUGCCACCGGGAAUGCUACCCCAAGGCGGUUACGAAAUGCAUAUCGAAGUCUAAUGCCGAGACGGAGGCUGACGAGGAUAAGAUUAACCAUCGCAUACCGCACCGAUUCGAAACCAUGACAAACAUGAGCGCUAACUGGUGCUGCCAUUGUGGUUAUAUGUUGCCGUUAGGAAGAAAAGACGCAAAAAAGUGCAGUGAAUGUGAUAUCACCUGUCAUGCGAGCUGCGCUCAUCUGGUCCCUGACUUUUGUGGAAUGUCAAUGGAGACAGCAAACAUAUUGCUAAGCCAAAUUCAUGAUAUCAAGUCUCACCAGAAGCAAGUUAAACAGCAGCAAAGGCCACCCAAGGCGCAGCCAAUUCCCCCAGCGCCACAACCUCCCCCAUUGGAGACGGUGGUGAACGACUUUAAUCGCGUUGAUAUCAGUUCUGGACGUAGUUCCAUGGAAGCCCCGCCAUAUCAGGAGCCUCGCGAUCCUCGUUACGGUUCUCCCCACUCUCCCCAAGGCGGACUGCCUCCCCUUCCUCCAACUCCGAAAGCUGUUCAGGCUCAACCGUAUCCAGAUCCUCGCAUAGAUCCCCGCACCGCUGGAUAUCCUGGGCCACCUCUUGCGUUACCACGACGCUCGGAAGAGAAACCUCCCGACCCCGUAUUUCGGACGGACAUCUAUCCAUCACCUGGAAGGCAAUACUCCACCGGCCUGGGUACUCCUACCUCAGUCGCUCCCCCUUCGCCAAUUCGGCAUAAGAGGAGGAAAGUUGGUCUUGACGACUUUAACUUCCUCGCUGUCCUAGGGAAAGGGAACUUCGGGAAAGUCAUGCUGGCUGAAGAAAAGCGAAGCAAUAACUUGUAUGCCAUCAAAGUGUUGAAGAAGGAAUUUAUCAUCGACAAUGACGAAGUAGAAAGCACGCAAUCGGAAAAGCGUGUCUUCCUCACAGCGGCCCGUGAGCGACACCCAUUCUUGUUGGGACUUCAUUCUUGUUUCCAGACAGAGACGCGCAUAUACUUCGUUAUGGAAUAUGUGAGCGGCGGCGAUCUUAUGCUUCACAUCCAGCGCCGGCAAUUCUCGCUUAGGCAAGCAAAGUUUUAUGCGGCCGAAGUACUUCUGGCCCUUGAGUACUUCCAUGCUAAUGACAUCAUCUAUCGUGAUCUAAAGCUCGAUAACAUUCUGUUAACGCUGGACGGUCAUGUAAAGGUUGCCGAUUACGGUCUCUGUAAGGAGAGUAUGGGCUAUGGACAGACGACAAGCACGUUUUGUGGGACGCCCGAAUUCAUGGCACCAGAGGCUACCGUCGAUUGGUGGGCCUUUGGCGUCUUGAUGUAUGAGAUGCUUCUGGGGCAAUCGCCAUUCCGUGGUGAUGACGAGGAGGAAAUUUUUGACGCUAUCCUGGAAGACGAACCUCUGUAUCCCAUCACAAUGCCUAGGGACGCGGUCUCAAUCCUACAGAAGCUUUUAACCCGUGACGCUGGGCGACGUCUUGGAUCUGGACCGGACGAUGCGGAGCCUAUCAAACGUCAUCCAUUCUUCAAGGAUACCAACUUUGAUGAUGUGCUCCAUAAGCGCAUUCCACCCCCAUAUUUCCCCACAAUUGCCAAUCCAUCUGAUGUCAGCAACUUCGACACAGAGUUCACGCGGGAGCAACCCACCUUAACCCCGGUGCACGGACAGUUAUCUACCGCAGAUCAGGCGCAGUUCCAUGGCUUCAGUUGGGUCGCUGCAUGGGCUGAUAACUGA